AUGGAGUCUAAGCCGACCAUGGAAACAAAGAAGUCUGCCCUAGCCGACACUGAGAACCCUGUCGACUAUGACUCCGGGGAACUUGGAAAUGCUCGGGUCUUCGGCUUCGACCAAGACCUCGGACUCCAUGGCGGCCAGUUUGGCAAUAUCCAGACGCUAUCGAGCGUCAGCACCAUUCUCUUUGAGGUCCCUUGGGUCCUGGCUGUCAGGCGCUGGGGUGCUAAAAAAUCGAUCGGCACUGCAUUCGUCCUCUGGAGUAUCUUAACGCUUGGGACUGCGUUUAUCCAUACCUACGGCCAGGCUAUCGUCAUCCGUAUGCUGUUGAAUGCCGCUGAAGCCGGCCUUGCCCAGGGUUUCGCCUUUCUAUUUUCCACCAUCUAUCCCCGGGAAUUGGCAGGAAAGCGUAUAAUGACGACGAAUCUCGCCCAAUGUAUCUCCGGUGCUUUUGGUGGGCUGUUCGCAUAUGCUAUCCAGACCAUGGGAUCGCGCAAUGGACUCGCCGCCUGGAGAUGGCUCUUCAUCAUCGAGUUCUUGAUUACCAUCGUUGUUUGUGGUAUUGGCUUGUUCUUCCUCCCAGGCGAGGUUGAAUCGGCAUGGUUUUUGAACGCCGAAGAGAGGGAAACUAUGCGUCUGAAAAAACAGCGAGACUUUAUGAUCCGAGGAGAGGAAAAAUUCGACCGGAAAUAG